CUCGUUUUAUAAGGUACUACUCAGUACCAUUUUCUCCCAGCGGCGGAGAGAAUAUUUUUAGCCCCAGUGCUAAAACCCAACGCUUCAAACGACCGAAACCCUCAAUUUCCGGCCAAUUCAUCUGCCGCCGGAGGAUUUUCACAAACGCAAAAUGUCUAACCAGAGAUUUCCGACGGUGAAGAUUCGGGAGCUGAAGAACGACUACUGCAAGUUCGAGUUGCGCGACACCGAUGCGAGCAUAGCCAACGCGCUGCGGCGCGUUAUGAUUGCGGAGGUCCCGACCGUCGCCAUUGACUUGGUGGAGAUUGAGGUGAAUUCCUCCGUUCUCAAUGACGAGUUCAUUGCUCACCGUCUCGGCUUGAUCCCCCUCACCAGCGAACGGGCCAUGAGCAUGCGCUUCUCACGUGACUGCGAUGCCUGUGACGGUGACGGCCAGUGCGACUAUUGCUCCGUCGAGUUCCAUCUCAGGGCCAAAUGCAUCGGCGACCAAACCCUAGAUGUCACCAGCCGGGAACUCAUCAGCUCCGACGCCACUGUUGUCCCCGUCGACUCCGCCGACUCUGGAUAUGACAAUCUCGAGAACAGAGGAAUUAUAAUCGUGAAGUUACGUCGCGGACAGGAAUUGAGGCUGAGAGCUAUUGCCCGCAAAGGAAUAGGGAAGGAUCAUGCCAAAUGGUCGCCUGCUGCAACUGUUACAUUCAUGUAUGAACCAGACAUCUACAUCAAUGAAGACAUGAUGGAGAAAUUAUCUCUAGAAAAGAAACUAGAAAUAAUUGAAAGCAGCCCUACCAAAGUCUUUGGCAUUGAUGAGAACACUGGAAGGUUCAUUGUGGUUGAUCCGGAAGCCUAUACUUAUGAUGAUGAGGUCCUCAAGAAAUGUGAGGCCUUAGACAUGCCAGGACUCAUUGAGAUACGUCCCAAGGAAGACACUUUCAUCUUCACCGUUGAGUCCACUGGCGCCAUCAAAGCUUCCCAACUUGUUCUUAAUGCUAUAGAUAUUCUGAAGCAGAAAUUGGAUGUAGUCCGGUUAUCGGAGGACACUGUGGAAGCUGAUGACCAGUUUGGAGAAUUGGGUGCGCAUAUGCGUGGUGGCUGAUCCUUAGUAACUCAAGGUCUAACUACUAAGUUUAGUAUGCGUAGAAAGUUCUGUUUAAUGUUGUCUUUUUGCGCACCCUAGAAUUAUCCCGAACCUUUUCUGGGCAAUGACUGACUUCUGAUUGGAGAUAUUUUAUGUGCGUAUGACAACCAUUAUCCGGACAUGGAUGUUAAAUGAAUCAUCUGUAGGAACUUGUAUUUAGUGUCUUUCAGAUUGUUGAGGAAACUUGUUCGUAUCUGGCAACUAUGUUUGUGUGUCUUUCUUAAUUCUUAAAUCUCGUAACUGGGAAAGUGCAAGAUGGAUUUCAUACAGAAUGAAAUUCGAAGUAAAUAAAUGAUUUUAUUUUAUACUAACGGAAU